CUGAUUGGCCAGCAGGCUUUUGGUAAAGCAACUCUUCCUGGUUCUCCGCAAAUAGACAAAUAAACUGGUUUUUAAACUUAUGCAACGGUGGGAAAGUGUCUCCCGUGGACAGGGCUCAAAAUGUCAGGCGGAAGCGGCUGCUGUUUGGCUCUGUUGCUCGUCUGGAGCCUGUGUGUAAGCGCACGCUGCAGGUUUCCUUCUCUGGACCACAUCAGACCGAGAGCCAGCGACCGAGCGCAGGGCAGAGCGGUGACCGAGCUGCUGAGGCGGCUGCUGGGGAACAGAUCGGCCGAGUUCAUCGUGUCAGUCAACGGGAGCCUCUCCAACGACAGCCUGGACGUGUGCGAGCUCAGGUCCACCAAAAACAACAGGGUCGUCGCCACAGGCAGCACCGGGGUGGCCGUGGCCUCCGGGAUUUAUAAUUAUUUGAAGUAUUUUUGCAACUGCCACGUUUCCUGGUCCGGGAAUCAGCUGGAUCUGCCCAGACCUUUGCCAAAGCUCACCGGCGUCCUGCGCAUCAGCACCCCGCACAGAUUCCGGUACUAUCAGAACGUCUGCACCUUUAGUUAUUCCUCCGUGUGGUGGGACUGGCCGAGAUGGGAGAGAGAGAUUGAUUGGAUGGCACUGAAUGGAAUCAAUCUGCCGCUGGCUUUCACUGGCCAAGAAGCCCUGUGGCAGGAGGUUUACCGUGCUCUUGGGUUAAACCAGUCAGAGAUAGAAGAGUUCUUCUCCGGCCCGGCGUUCCUUGCCUGGAACCGUAUGGCAAACUUGUUCAAGUUUGCUGGACCUCUGCCGCAGUCCUGGCACGUGAACCAGCUCUUCCUUCAAUUUAAGAUUUUAGAGCGGAUGAGAUCCUUUGGCAUGAUUCCUGUGCUGCCAGCCUUCUCUGGAAACAUCCCCAAAGGAAUCCUCAGGCUGUAUCCAGAGGCCAGGGUAACCAGAUUGGGGCCGUGGUCUCAUUUCAACUGCAGCUACUCAUGUUCGCUUGUCUUAGACCCACAAGACCCCCUUUUCCACCACAUUGGUUCCCUGUAUCUGUCCCAAGUGCUGAAGCAAUUUGGGACGGAUCACAUUUACAGCACUGACACCUUCAAUGAAAUGACUCCACCCUCCUCUGACCCCGCCUACCUGUCUGCAGUCAGUCGCUCUGUCUUUGCCUCAAUGACAGCAGUUGAUCCGCAGGCAGUCUGGCUGAUGCAAGGUUGGCUGUUUUUCAGCGAUGCAGCGUUCUGGAAACCAGCCCAGAUUCAGGCCCUACUACACGGAGUGCCCCUUGGGCGGAUGAUUGUGCUGGACCUGUUUGCAGAGACCGAGCCAAUCUUCUCCUACACAGAGUCUUUCUAUGGGCAGCCUUUCAUUUGGUGUAUGUUGCAGAACUUUGGGGGCAACAGUGGGCUGUUUGGUACGGUUGAGAGCAUCAAUUCAGGCCCUUUUAAAGCCUUGCAUUUCCCAAACUCCACCUUAGUAGGCAUAGGCAUGACACCAGAAGGCAUUGAGCAGAAUCCUGUGACGUAUGAACUGAUGAGUGAGCUGGCUUGGCGCAAAGAGCCAGUCAACUUGGCCAAGUGGGUGUCGCUCUAUGCCAUACGUCGCUAUGGAAAUACACAAGAGAGCCUGACUACUGCAUGGAGGCUCCUGUUUGCCAGCAUUUACAACUGCACUGACCCACACUACCGAAACCACAACCACAGCCCACUGGUCCGCAGACCAUCCUUUCAAAUGAACACUGGGCUUUGGUAUGACCCCGCUGACUUGUACAAAGCUUGGAAACUCAUCAUGGAUGCAGCUCCUUCUCUUAUGUCCAAAGAGACAUUCAGAUACGAUCUUGUGGAUGUGACACGGGAGGUGCUACAAGUACUGACUACGUCCUUUUAUCGAGAUAUUGCAGAUGCUUUCAAGAAGCAAAACCUGUCAGAGUUGCUGACUGCAGGUGGUGUGCUAGUCUAUGACCUCUUGCCGGAGCUCAAUCGUUUGCUGAGUAGCAACCGAAACUUCCUGUUGGGGGCGUGGCUGGAGCGAGCUCGGUCCCUCGCCGUGGAUGACAAGGAGGCGCAGCUCUAUGACAUGAAUGCCAGAAACCAGAUCACUCUCUGGGGUCCCAGUGGUGAGAUCCUGGACUAUGCCAGCAAAGAGUGGGGGGGGCUCAUGGAGGACUACUAUGCCCAGCGAUGGGGCCUGUUUGUCCAAACGUUGGUGGAAUGCCUGAACAGCGGACAACCCUUCAAGCAGGCUGCCUUCAACCAGGCGGUAUUCCAAAUAGAAAAAGGAUUCAUUUACAAUGGCAGAAAGUACCCGACCAAACCUCAGGGAGACACGUACGAGAUUGCUUAUAGGAUCUUCCUCAAGUACUAUCCGCAGGCCCUAAACAGGCUAUAGUGAGCAGAGAGUACAUUUUUGAAAAACUUGCAAGUAACAGCUUGAAGAAUGUGUUCGUCCACUUUCAGUUGUCCUCGGCCGUCCCCCGAACGAACUGCUUGGGUUUACAGGAACAAUCUGUUUUUUGCCCACACAGUGAAAUCAGCAACAGGUGGUUUUGUCUGAACAGAUCUUAAGGAAAAUGUUUCACAUGUUAAGAAAUGCACAUAUUCACCAUUUCAGAUUAAUUCGAGAAGACUGAUCAGAAUCUCCAAUCUGCAGUUCAAUUGUAGAAAGUCUGGAUAUGUUCAAUCCAGUCUGCAUGCAUAAAAGUGGCUUACAAACCUGCUGUGUACCUGAAAUGUGCACGUCAGUGUCCCGCUACUGUUAGUGGCUAAAUGUAGCAAGGAAGUAGUCUGAUCUCCAUCUUUAGUUGCACAGAAAGCAAAUAUUGGACAUGUUAAACUUUAAGUGCGCACUUCUGGUAAACUCAAGGACCUUCUAGAAAACUCUACUUGUGAAUAAUAUGCUGUUUUUAGAAAGUGACUCUGUUUUGCAUUAGUCUGAAGUUAAUUUGGAUAUUGUCAUCUUUUUUCUUGUUGUUUUUUCUAAACGAAAUGAGAGACGAGAAUAUGUUUUAUAGACCUGACAUUAAGUAAAGGCAGAACAUGAGGCCAGUGUCCUACUUAUCAAACUGUUUGGUUGCUUCAGACACUGUUUAACAACCUUCUCCUGUAUUUAGAGCUCCUGCCUAACAUGUUCAGUUAAACGUAGUGAUAAUCCAUAAAGGUUUUCCAAACAGAUGAAUUUGUAUUUAGCAAUGAACGAUAAAGCUGACAAGCUCAUGUAUUCUUGUCUGAAUGAUUAUUCUGAUUCAAAAAUAUAUUUUUAUAUCAAAAUAAACACCUGUCAGAUUUUGA